AUGCCUCGCUCAUCGCCGCUCGCGCCGCUGCGCCGCAUCGGAGACGACGUCUACCUCCACGAACCGUCGGGCCCGGCGGACCCCAGCUACCGCGGCCCUUCGCUCAUAAUCAUGUCGACGUGGCUCGGCGGCGCCUCGGUCAAGAACAUUGGGCGCUACGUCGCCGGGCACCGGACGCUAUUCCGAGACGCGACAGUGCUGCUCGUCACGGCGCGGCUGUCCGAGAUAACCGUAACACCUUUUGCGCGGAUGCACGCGCGACUGCAGCCGGCGCGGGACGUCAUCGUACGUCAUGUCUUGGACGGCACGUCGGCGUCCCCGUCCAUUCUUUGGCACAUCUUCUCCAACGGCGGGCUCAACACGGCGAUUCAGCUGGCGCGUAUCGCGCGGGAGGGCCUUGCGGCGGCGACCAGAAACGGCGGCGGCGACCUCGAUGCGGCCACGGGCGGCGUCAUCAUGGACUGCUGCCCGGGCGACGGCUCGCUGGGGCGGACGUUUCGGGCGGCGGCGUACUCGCUCCCCGACACGUGGGCGGCGCAGACGGUCGGCCGGCUGCUGCUGUUCCCGACGAUUGCGGUGCUGCUGGGGAUGCAGAACGCCGCGGCGGGCCUCGCCGGCCGGGGUGGCUCGCUCGCCGAUCUGUAUCGCGGCGCGCACGACCCGGGCGUCUUUGGCCGCGGGGCCCGCCGCAUGUACCUGUACUCGGUAUCGGACCGACUAGUGCCCUGGCGCUUCGUCCAUAGGCACAUGACCGAGGCGCGGGACAAGGGCUUCGUCGUCGACGGCGAGGCUAUCCCCGGCGGGCGCCACUGCGCGCUGCUGCGGGCCGAUGCGGACCGGUACUGGCGUGCCGUGGAGAGAUGCUGGGGAGAGGUGGGCGAGGGGCUCGGUGAUGCUGGUGUAAGUGGGAGCAAGCAAGAGGGGGAGGGGCACGUGGACGAGGGGAUGUUGCCAGUUAUUACAAUGCUGCGUAGCCGGCUAUAG